UUCCUUCUUUUGCAGAGUCAUCACCAUGCGCUUCCUGCACUUGAUCCGCCCGGUCAUGUGCGUGCUGCCCGAAGUGGCGCAGCCUGACCGCAAGAUUCCGUUCCGCGAAAAGGUGCUUUGGUCCGUGAUCGUGCUGUUCAUUUUCUUGGUCUGCUGUCAAAUCCCCCUGUACGGCAUCCAAACGUCUCGGUCAAGCGAUCCCUUGUACUGGAUGCGUGUGAUCUUGGCGUCCAACCGCGGCACGUUGAUGGAGUUGGGGAUCAGUCCCAUUGUCACGUCUGGCCUGGUCAUGCAAAUGCUGUCCGGGUUGAAGAUGAUUGAAGUGGACCAGAGCUUGAAGGAAGAUCGCGCGUUGUUCAGCGGCGCGACCAAGUUGUUUGGGAUCCUCAUCACGGUCGGCCAAGCCAUUGCGUACGUGGCCUCGGGCAUGUACGGUGACAUUGGCGAAAUCGGCGCGGGGAACGCCAUCUUGAUCAUCAUCCAGCUGUUCUUUGCCGGGAUUUUGAUCAUCAUUUUGGACGAACUGCUCCAGAAGGGCUACGGCCUCGGCUCGGGCAUCUCGCUCUUCAUCGCGACCAACAUCUGCGAAAGCAUCGUGUGGAAAGCGUUCAGCCCAACGACCAUCAACACUGGUCGCGGCACGGAGUUUGAAGGCGCAAUCAUCGCCCUCUUCCACUUGCUCAUCACGCGUUCCGACAAGGCCCGCGCGUUGAAGGAAGCGUUCUACCGCCAAAACCUGCCCAACUUGACCAACCUAUUUGCCACGUUGCUCGUGUUCUUCGUCGUCAUUUACUUCCAAGGGUUCCGCGUCGACCUCCCCGUCAAGUACCAAAAAUACCGCGGCCAGCAAGGCACGUUCCCCAUCAAGUUGUUCUACACGUCCAACAUGCCCAUCAUCUUGCAAACCGCGCUCGUGUCCAACUUGUACUUUGUGUCGCAACUGCUGUACAAGCGCUUUGGCGGGUUUAUCCUCGUGCGCAUCCUCGGCACAUGGCAAGACGUUGAAGGCGGUGGCGGGCAGUCGAUCCCUGUCGGCGGGUUGGCGUACUACAUGUCUGCCCCUCAAUCCGCGGCGCAGAUUCUGUACGAUCCCAUCCGCUUCGUCAUCUACGUGGUGUUCAUCCUGGGCUCGUGCGCGCUGUUUUCCAAGACGUGGAUCGAAAUCUCGGGCUCGUCGUCGCGCGAUGUGGCCAAGCAGCUGCGCGAUCAACAGAUGGUCAUGAAGGGCCAUCGCGAUGCUUCCAUCGUGCACGUGUUGAACAAGUACAUUCCCACGGCCGCGGCAUUUGGCGGCAUGUGCAUUGGCGCGUUGUCGUUGGUGGCGGACUUGUUGGGCGCGAUCGGGUCGGGCACGGGCAUCUUGCUGGCAGUGACGAUCAUCUACCAGUACUACGAAACGUUUGCCAAGGAACAAGCGGACGUGCCGUUGGCCAGCAUGUUUGGCUUCAAUUAAGUAUGCAGAAACGACAAGAUGAAGAUAUUCAAGGGGUUUGGUUGCGCUUGGCGUGCGACGAAGACGGCGAGGCUGCGCUGGCAAGGACACAUUUCUACCAAGGACAUUCCCGUACAAGACACAUGACCUGGUGUGUUUGUUGCUCACCUCCACAUUGUACAAUAGUAUAGCUGGAUAGAACCGGAGGACCACAAAUUGGAUCGAUCUGCCGUCAGGACCUCCCCGUUGCGCCUUCCAGCGGCGCGGCGUCGGCGGAUCGAUUCUAGGUGUGCGAGAGAUACUCCAUGUCGGGGUAGUCUCGGUGUCGACGAGCGAGCUAAGAACAACCAAAUCCAAUCCCAUCUUCACUUGUACCUUGUUCCUUGUCACUCCUCGUCGUUGCGUCAUGAGCGCCGCCGCCGAAACCCCGAUAGCGCCACCGCCGUCGGCGAAAAGGGGGUUGGGUCGAAACUGGCAUUUGAACAUGGUGAAACUUGAAAUUCGGCAAUGCCUGUAUAAAUGAAUAAAACGCAGACGUGUAUUGUGAAAAUUAAUACAACGUGUCAUGGCUGG